GCUUCUCCUCAGCACUCUGGCGCCCCCAACAGGUUCCCUGUGUUCGGCUGGGGCAGGCACGCUGUGGCUGGCUACUUCCCUUCCUCCCAUCUCCCUUGGGCCAAACGGGAUCAGUGCUUCUGGUGAGACGCCUCCCCAUGCACAUCACUCCCAGGUGCCCUAGGGGGCACAUUUCCCACAACUCCCAGAGGGCAGGUUUCUAGAAAGUGCCACCGGUGGGGAGGCGCCACAACUUCACUGCCAUUUUGUGAGGUGCCGCCGUCUCUCCUCCAGCAAGGAAACAAUGACCGAUAAAACAGAGAAGGUGGCUGUAGAUCCUGAAACUGUGUUUAAACGUCCCAGGGAAUGUGACAGUCCUUCGUAUCAGAAAAGGCAGAGGAUGGCCAUGUUGGCAAGGAAACAAGGAGCAGGAGACAGCCUUAUUGCAGGCUCUGCCAUGUCCAAAGAAAAGAAGCUUAUGACAGGAGAUGCUAUUCCACCCAGCCAAUUGGAUUCUCAGAUUGAUGACUUCACUGGUUUCAGCAAAGAUGGGAUGAUGCGGAAACCUGGUAGCAAUGCACCUGUGGGAGGAAACGUUACCAGCAGUUUCUCUGGAGAUGACCUAGAAUGCAGAGGAAUAGCCUCCUCUCCCAAAAGCCAACAAGAAAUUAAUGCUGAUAUAAAACGUCAAUUAGGGAAGGAACUCCGAUGCGUUGGACAAAAAUAUGAAAAAAUCUUCGAAAUGCUUGAAGGAGUGCAAGGACCUACUGCAGUCAGGAAACGAUUUUUUGAAUCCAUCAUCAAGGAAGCAGCAAGAUGUAUGAGACGAGACUUUGUUAAGCACCUUAAGAAGAAACUGAAACGUAUGAUUUGAGAAUACUUGUCCCUGGAGGAUUAUCACACCCCCAAAUGCAUAAUCUCGUUAAUGAUUGAGGAGAGAAAAGGAUCAGAUUGCUGUUUUCUACAAUGGAGCAGGAUAUUGCUGAAGUCUCCUGGCAUAUGUUACCGAAUCAAAUAGCCUUCCAGAGGCUAAGAAAUUUCUGUUAGUAAAAGAUGUUCUUUUUCCCAAAGCAUUUUAUUUGAAAGGAUAA